CACUUUCUUGGUUUAGGGUUUGGCGAUGGGGAUGGAAUUGGAGAUGGAGAUGGAGAUGGAGAUGGACAUCCCAGCACCCGAAGAACUCGAGUGGCUCGAGUCCAUCGCUCUCCUCCCCGAUGAAGGCGAAGAGGAAGAGGAGUUUUCCAUGGAACACGAUGGAGAUGCCGCCGCCAUCGCUUUCGACGACCAUGAAGCCGACGGGGAUGAACAGAAUCGCCUACAAAGUGAAGUAACAGAGCGAUCGGCAGCCGAGGCCAUUCAGCAUCAGACCACCAAGAAGCGGCUCUGGUCCGCGGAGAACGAAGACUCCUUGGGAGGCAGUCAAAAGCAUAUUCUUGAUGAGGGGAGAGGGGCGAAGAGGUUCGCCUUGCAAGACGAGGCUGACGAGGAUUGGCUCCGCUGUUCCCCCCAAAAGGACUCUGACACUGUUGGAGUCACAUCAGUUCCGGAUGUUUCGCUGCCUGAUGUUGUUGCCGAGGAAACGAUCCUGUCCCGAUUCGCCACAGACAUUGAUGGGGAGUGCAUGCCAGUGACCUCGCCCUCUGGAGUCAGGGUUUACGCUAAAAUGAGCAUUGCUGAGAUUGGUGGAGGCCGUGGGAAGGUGUUGGCUUCGAGGCCAGAAAGAGGCCUUCUUUUGGAACCUAUAAGUAUAUUAAGCAAAAAGGCAGAGGAAGAAGCUUUAGCGAAGGCUUUGCAAGACAGUCUUGGAUCACGAGAUCAGCCAACUCAUGCAAUACCUCACAUGGUUGAUGAGCAACUUUGGGUAGAGAAAUAUGCACCUAGUUCCUUUAAGGAGCUUCUAAGUGAUGAACGGACAAAUCGUGAGGUACUUCUAUGGUUGAAGCAAUGGGAUUCUUCUGUAUUUGGAUCUCAGAUUAGGGCUACUGAGGAUGAAGUUUUAUCUGCCUUAAGGCUUCAUUCUUCAGUUGUUCAACAUCGGAGGUUCGUUGGCCAUAGAAGUUUCUCUCACAAAAAUAAGGGUCCUCCUUUGAGCAAUCAAUACCUUAAGACUUCAAAUUUCUUAGAUGGAGAAGGCAUGCUUGAAUCAUGGAGCAGAAAGUCCAUAUUCAAUCACCCACCAGAACAGAAGGUGCUUCUGCUAUGUGGUCCACCAGGCCUUGGGAAGACUACACUUGCACAUAUAGCUGCUAAGCAUUGUGGAUAUCAUGUUCUUGAGAUUAAUGCUAGUGAUGAUCGUUCUGCUUCUAUGAUCGAGUCAAAAGUUCUUGAUGUAAUACAGAUGAAUUCUGUCAUGCCUCACUCAAAGCCUAAGUGUUUGAUCAUUGACGAAAUUGAUGGGGCACUAGGUGAAGGAAAAGGUGCAGUUGAUGUCAUUCUGAAAAUGAUAUCUGCUGAAAAGAAAUCCAUUGUUGAUAAGGAAAAUGCUGCUAACGAAGCCACACCAGGAAAGAAUUCGUCAAGAAAAGGACACAAGACAACCAUGCUGUGUAGACCUGUAAUUUGCAUAUGCAAUGAUGUUUAUGCACCAGCGUUGAGAGCACUACGUCAAGUGGCCAAGGUGCACAUGUUCAUGCAACCAACGGUUAGCCGUGUUGUGAAUAGGCUUAAAUUUAUAUGUGAAAGAGAAGGAUUAAGGACAAAUAGAAGUGCCCUUUCUGCACUUGCUGAAUAUACAGAUUGUGAUAUAAGAUCUUGCUUAAACACACUUCAAUUUCUGAACAAGAAGAAAGAGGCGCUCAACAUUUUGGAGCUUGGUUCCCAAGUUGUUGGCCGGAAGGACAUGACAAGAAGUGUUACUGAUGUAUGGAAAGAGGUUUUUCAGAAGAGAAAAUCAAAGGGUGAAACAAAACUCAUCAAUGGCUGCAGUGAACAUGGUGCUUUUGAUUUUACAUACUCCCUGAUUUCUAACCGUGGUGAAUAUGAACUGACUAUGGAUGGUAUCCAUGAAAAUUUUCUGCGGCUCUCUUACCAUGAUCCAAUGAUGAGAAAAACUGUCAAAUGUCUUAACCUACUUGGUGUUUCUGAUUCGGUGCUUCGUUAUGUUUUGAGAACUCAACAAAUGUCUCUCCAUGCUUACCAACCUCCCAUUGCCAUAGCUAUGGGCCACCUGAUAGCACAAGUCGAGAAGCCAAACAUUGAAUGGCCAAGGACUUACCAUAGAUUUCGAGCACUGCUUGCAGAGAAAAAAGAAUCACUGAAGACAUGGAUAAGCAAGAUAUCACCAUUGAUUUCUAGGCAUCUAUUGACUAAGUCUUUUGUGGAAGAUGUUGUUUCUCCACUGUUACAUAUUCUAUCACCACCAACUCUGAGACCAGUGGCAUUGCAUCUAUUGUCAGAAAGAGAAAAAGAUGAUCUAUGCCAACUUGUGGAUACGAUGGUUUGUUUCUCCAUAACAUAUAGAAAUUCAAAACCUGAGCUUCCAGAAAAGACUCAAAGAUAUGGAGCAACUACUAAUGCUGUACCAUUAUCUCUUGACCCCCCACUUCAUGAUUAUGUGAACUUUAAGGAAUACCAGUCUCAGCAUUUUGGACUAUCUGGAGCUAUGAAGCAGAUUUUGGUGCAUGAGGCUGAUAAACAUCGAAUUCUACGAGAAAGCACUGCCAAAAACAUCAAUCUAUAUGAUCAACGCAACAAUGGCAACCUGGCCCUUGCCAAUGUAAGUGCGGAAGCUACACCUGUUAUGAAUGCUACUUCAGUUACAUCUAAUAGGGGGGACCACAAAUCAAAAGUGCUUUUAGGUCAGAGGCAAAAUGUAGCCAUCUGUAGCUCAGUUUCAGUUCCAGAAGGCAAGAAAUUUCUUUCUCGUGGCUUGAAUUUAAAAGCUCCGGGAGCUUCAAAGAAGUCUUCAAAGGAUUCAUAUAGUUUCUUUGAUAGGUUUAGAAAAGGAAGCAACACAAACUCCAAUGUUUCUGGAGAGGCUUUACAAGAGGUAGCAACUAUUGAAAGAGAUUCACGUCCAUUAAUCUUCAAAUACAAUGAGGGUUUCACAAACGCAGUCAAAAGACCUGUCAGGAUACGCGAUCUGCUGUUAUGACAAGAUUCCGAACGCAUGUACUUGUUUACUAGAGAUGUAACUAUUAUUUUUGGCUUUGUUAUUUCAAGAUUUGAACACACCCGACAUGCUGCCUACUGAUGUUAUAACUUGUUACCGACUGUGGUAAGAAGGGAUGGCCAGAUGCGUCAGCUGUAUGUCAUGCCAUUGUUGUUUAAGAGAGUUGGCAUGUGACAACUUGUUACCUGCUCUUCCUCUCGAAGAACAGCUACUAAUUAAGGAAUUAUGCUCUUCUUCCC